AUGCUUCGACAAAUUUCAAUCAACACAAAAUGGCCUCUGUCUGCCAAGGAGCUACCAUCGACCAGCAAAUGGAGCAUCGGCGCUGCAAAAUGCAAUUAUACUAUACUGGCAAUUGUUCUCCUGGAAAAAUUGCCAAGCGUUCAUGCCGGGACGUCGCAGUUCAAUAAGCGAUCAGUGAAUAUCGUGCCCGGAGUCUAUAACUUGGAUACAGGCGCCCAAGCAUACAACAUGCAAGCGGGCGAUUGCUUCCGAGCGAACUCGCUCACCUGUCCACAUUUGCCGCUGGAUACUGGCUACGGUCCAACCAUUGAGUUUAUCGAAGAUGACAGGUCUUGGGAGGUCUCCACUAAUGGCAGCACCUACACCGCUGAAGUAGUCAACGAUGGCAUUAACGUGAAAGUGCCUGCCGUAACGCAAAACUGGGCUGGUUGUGCCGUUACUGCUCAACAGUUUUUACGCUUUACAGAAAUGGGCUUUAAUGAACGAGCGGCGAUGGUGAAGUACGAUUUCUCAAAUUGCAACGGCAUAACCACGACUUCGUGUAACUGUGAGUACGAUAUCACGCUGCCUGCAGCUGCUUCACCCUCCUCAGUAUCAGAUCACGAGUCUACAUCAGAUAAAGGAUCACAUAAAUCAUCCGAUAACUCAACUGAUAGAGGAUCCAACACUGUAUCCAAGAUUGAAGUCCCCGUGAAGGCGAUGGUUCUUGGUCUGACUCUACUUAUAGUCCUAUAUCUAGGCUAA